AUGGCAUUGAUGGCCCGUAAUGGCCUAAUGUUAAAGCUCCCAUGUAAUGUAUUGCACUUGGACUAUUCUGAAGAAAAUGAGCUAGCUGCUGAGGAGAACUUAUCACAAGAAAAAUCAGCCAUGUUGACUUAUCUCUAUGCAGCCCCUGAGCAGGAUGUGAAGCUUCUCCAAAAGGGCGUAGUCGAUGCAAUUUUGGGUGCGUUAGGGCUACCAGAUGCUGAAGAAAUGUUUCCAUGGUUCGAUCCAAAAUGGGAUGGUGCAUCAUCAUCUGUUUUUGUUGCAGAAGCAGUGAGGCUCAUGAAUGAUGCUGGUUAUGAGAUUGGAAAUUUAGAUACUACUUUGAUCCUGCAAGAACCAUACCUACAACUCAGUGCAAUCAAGGAAACCAUCAAAACCAACUUAUCUAGAAUUUUAGGAGUUUAUGUAUCUGUUGUCAGUUUCAAACAAAAAGCUCAUAGAGUUGUUGACAGCAAUGACAGAAAUGUCUCAGCUCACAGUGUAGUUCUUCUUGUGAGGAAGUGGGAGAGACAUAGAAAUUUUAGUCACAAGAAUGGUGUAUUAAUGUUGUAACCCUCUGUCAAAGCUUAGAAUAAAAAUUGAGCUGUUGGUGGUCUAUCUGGCGGAUUUGUUAUUAACCUUUGGAGUUUCUUUUAUAAUUCAGUUAGAAAAUACUAUGAAUAUACUGUUUCUAAUAAAGCAUCUUUGCAGAGUUAAAGUUGCGUCACAUUUAAACGUCCUGUAUAACUUACAAGUAGUACAAACAAUAAUGUAGAAGUAUAUUAACUUGUAACCAGUUUUGAUUCUGUUGUAGUCAUCGUCCAUGCAUAUGCAUAUAGCAUGGUAUGACAAUACACCUACAAGGGUUGUUAAUGUAGUACUGAUUUUCUUAUUCGAGGAGUUCAUAGUGCGUACUGAAAUUUACCGUUUUAGUAUACUGC